CACGUUUGUAGAGAAAUCUUCCACUGUCUUUAUUAAGCAUGAAGCCUUCAUCUGUCAAUUCGUCAAUUGUCUAUUUGGCAAUUUUGGCGGGUUUUUUGUUACCUUUUUACUGUCGCUUAUUAGCGUAAUAUUUUGAUAUAGACGACAAUUUGGUGUGAAUUUCAGUGACAUUUGUGUAAAAAUAUUACCAUGGAUCUGCCCUAUCGUGUAGAGUAUGCGAAAUCAAGUCGAGCAAGUUGUAGAGGAUGCAAAAUGGGAAUAGAUCAAGGCGAUCUGAGACUUGCCGUUAUGGUCCAGAAAAUUCAGAUAGAAUAGAGAUCGGUCGGUAAUUGUCGAUUAGCAGAGGAUCGCAUUUCUUGAACACAAGUAUACCUAUAGCAAAAUUUUCUUUAAUUUGCUUCCUACAACUGUGGAAAAGUGUUUACCAAAUUCCUCCAAUACACAUGAUGGAGUGUCAAUCACUGUGUCGUUCUCGUUGGUAAGAGAAAUAGUCUCGUCACUUUGAUGGCAAGACCCCAAACUGGUACCACUUCAAAUGUUUCUUUGAGAAGCAACGACCAAAGACAGUAGAUGAUAUAGAACACUAUGAAUCUAUCCGAGUUGCAGAUCAAGAUAAAAUCAAGGAACGUGUUGGUCUAUCUGCUGUUGCCAUUGUACCAGAUAAAAAGGGAAAGAAAAGGACUGUUGACAAAUUGAAGCAACAGGCACUUAAAGAUUUUACGAUUCAGUAUGCUAAGUCUGGAAGAGCUAUGUGCAGAGGUUGUGAACAAAAAGUACUCAAGGAGGAGAUUCGAAUCUCAAAGAAAGAUUAUGAAACAGAUGUUGGUGCCAAAUAUGGAGGUCAAGACAUGUGGCAUCAUGUUCAAUGUUUUGCCCAGUUAAGAGCUGAUCUUGGCUUUUUUGAAAGUGCUGACAAGCUGCCUGGAUUCAAAGGACUUAGCCCUAAGGAUCAAGUUGAAGUCAAAAAACAAAUUCCGCCAAUAAAGCAAGAAAAUAUUCCCGAAGUGAAGAAGAUAAAAACAGAAGAUCAGGUGGAUAGUGUAAAGAAAGGCCCAGAAGAAGAGGAGUAUAGAAAGCAGAAUAAAAUUAUGUUUGGUUAUAGAGAUGCUUUAGCAAAGCAUUUGGACAAUAAAGAGAUGUCCUAUCUUUUGGAGUACAAUGAUCAAGAGGUACCACCUGGAAAAGAUAGAAUAUUGGAUCGUCUAUCUGACAUAAUGACAUUUGGAGCACUCAAGCCUUGUACAGUCUGCAAAGGAGGACAGUUGGUAUUCAAUAAGCUUGGUUACAUCUGUACUGGUGACCUAACUGAGUGGAGUAAAUGUAACACUAUUACAAAGACUCCUGAACGAGUACCAUUUAAAGUUCCAGACGAUUACGCUGAAGCUUACUCAUUUUUGAAAAAGUAUAAAUACAAACCAAUGACAAGAGUUAUCCGAGAAGUUAAACCAAGCAUUGUAGUUAAGAAGGAUGAUGAACCUGAUGGCCCUCGCGUAAAAAGAGAAUUGCCAGCUCUGUACAACAUGGAAUUUGUGAUUGUGGGAAAGCUGUCCAAAGAAAAAGAUGAGAUCAAGCGGGAAAUUACUUCACUUGGUGGAAAGGUAGUGAAUAAAAUUUCUAAGAGUGUUAUGGCUGUGAUAUCUACCCCUGCUGAUGUUGAAAAAAUGGGUUCCAAAAUGACGGAUGCCGAAGCGGAGCAGAUUCAUGUUGUUAGUGAAGAUUUUGUAGAUGAAGCUAAAAAUAAUACAGGAAAAAUUCCAGAUUUGAUAAUUCAGAAGAGUAUCUGCAAUUGGGGCUCUGAUCCGUCAACCAGACUCCCAGCCGAACCCAGCCUCAAAUCAAAAUCUAAAUCAAAGUCUGCCAGCAUCUACACCAAGUCCGUUCCAGACAAGAUGAAGAUCCAGAUAAAAGGGGGCACCGCCGUCGAUCCGGACUCUGGAUUAGAGCACAAGGCGCAUGUCUACCAGAGAGGCAAAGAUGACAUCUACUCGGUAGUGCUGUCACUCACGGAUAUACAGACGAAGAGGAAUAGUUAUUAUAAGUUGCAAUUGUUGGAAGGAGACAAGCAUAAGAAGUAUUGGGUAUUCAGGGCUUGGGGACGGAUUGGAACUACUAUUGGAGGUAACAAGGUAGAGGAUAUGCCGGACUUAGACAGCGCCAUACAUCACUUUGAGAAUCUCUAUGAGGAGAAAAGUGGCAACAUGUGGUGUUUCAGACACAAUUUUGUGAAGGUUCCUGGAAAAAUGAUGCCUGUUGAGCUAGACUAUGGAAGCGAGAAUGGUAUGGAGAACUUAGACAUCGUGGACUCAGAAUCAAAACUACCCAAACCAGUUCAAAAUUUGAUGAAAAUGAUCUUUGAUGUGGAUUCUAUGAAGCAAACAUUGUUGGAGUUUGAAUUGGAUACUGAGAAAAUGCCGUUGGGUAAAUUGAGCAAGGCUCAGAUCCAAAAAGCCUAUGGUGUGCUAACUGAAAUCCAAAAUCUAUUGAAUAACAAUGCCCCUGAAGCAAGAUUGAUAGAUGCUUCAAAUAGAUUUUACACUUUUGUUCCACAUUCUCUUGGUGUUGAUGAACCACCUCUCCUGAACAGUAUGGACGAAGUUAAGGCAAAGAUAGAGAUGUUAGACAAUCUGAUGGAAAUAGAAAUAGCAUACAAUCUGAUGAAGUCUUCAGGAUCUGAACACACAGUAGACAGCUACUACAAGACCUUGAAUGCAGAGAUACAACCAUUGGAGAAAGAAUCGGAACAGUUUGGUAUUAUUCAGGAAUAUGUGAAGAAUACUCAUGCUGAAACCCAUAGGUCGUAUGAACUAGAGAUUAAGGAUGUCUUUGAGGUACAUACCGUCUUUCCUUUUCGAAUAUUUGACCAAAUUGCGCCGAUCCUCGUAUCCAGAAACCACAGUAUACUUUCCCGAGGGUUUUUGAUGCGCUGA